UCUAGUGGACUCCUGACACGUCCUCAGUGAGCGGCACAGGUUUACAAACUUUUCUUGUAUAACCCCAUCGCUGAUUUCGGUAAACAUGCGCGAGUGUGUGUCCUUACACAUCGGCCAGGCGGGUGUACAGAUCGGUAACGCCUGUUGGGAGCUGUACUGCCUGGAGCACGGCAUACAGCCCGACGGGGUGAUGCCGAGUGAUAAGACCGUCGGCUAUGGGGACGACUCCUUCAACACGUUCUUCAGUGAGACGGGAGGGGGGAAGCAUGUCCCCAGGGCCGUUUUCGUAGACCUGGAACCCACUGUGAUCGAUGAAGUCAGGACUGGGACGUACCGGCAACUGUUUCACCCCGAACAGAUGAUUUCUGGGAAGGAAGACGCGGCUAAUAACUACGCACGCGGACACUACACCGUCGGGAAAGAGAUCAUCGACAGAACGUUGGAUCGAGUCCACAAAGUGACGGAGAGCUGCUCCGGACUGCAGGGUUUCCUGAUCCAUCACAGUUUCGGCGGCGGGACGGGGUCAGGGUUCACCGCCCUCCUGAUGGAGAGACUGUCCGUAGACUACGGCAAGAAGUCCAAACUACAGUUCUCCAUCUAUCCGGCUCCACAAGUGUCCACUGCAGUGGUGGAACCGUACAACUCCAUCCUGUCCACUCACACCACCCUGGAGCACUCCGACUGCUCCUUCAUGGUGGACAACGAGGCUCUGUACGACAUCUGUCGCCGAGGCCUGGACGUGGACCGCCCCACCUACACCAACCUCAACCGCAUGAUCGGACAGGUCAUCUCGUCCAUUACCGCCUCCUUGCGGUUUGACGGCUCACUGAACGUGGACCUGACGGAGUUCCAGACCAACCUGGUGCCGUAUCCCCGCAUCCACUUCCCCCUGGCCACCUACGCCCCUAUCAUCUCGGCAGAGAAGGCUUACCAUGAGAACCUGUCUGUUGGUGAAAUCACUGCGAGUUGCUUUGAACCGGGAAACCAGAUGGUAAAGUGCGACCCUCGGAGAGGGAAGUACAUGGCGUGCUGUUUGCUGUACCGUGGGGAUGUCGUGCCCAUGGACGUGAACACUGCCAUCUCCAACAUCAAGACCAAACGGACAAUCCAGUUCGUGGACUGGUGUCCAACGGGGUUCAAGGUUGGAAUCAACUACCAGCCUCCCACCGUGGUGCCUGGCGGUGACCUGGCCAAGGUGCAGCGUGCCGUGUGCAUGUUGAGCAACACCACCGCCAUCGCUGAGGCCUGGGCCCGUCUGGACUACAAGUUUGACCUGAUGUACGCCAAGCGCGCCUUCGUGCACUGGUACGUGGGGGAGGGUAUGGAGGAGGGAGAGUUCGCCGAGGCCCGAGAAGACAUGGCGGCCCUGGAGAAGGAUUAUGAAGAGGUUGGGAGCGACUCCCUGGCGUCCGAUGACGAAGGAGACGAGGAGGAGUACUAGUCCAGUCCGUACAACCGAGUUAUGACUACGUCUCGUUAGCCUCCGUUGCAGUCUUCGAACGGGGCCGGUGUAACAGCGAUCUCGCCCCUCCCGGGGGCUAAAUCAGGGGGGGGGGGUGGUGAGCGAGAACGCUGUCACACCGGCUUUAAUUAAGGAAGGGGGCGUUGGUUCGUGAUUUUCAACGUUGGCUAGGUUCUCUUUUGCCGGGAAAAGGAGUUUUCACGCUUGAAGAAUGAAUGUGUAUUUGUUUCAAAGUUACUGAUUUGCUUAGGCUUAGUCUAGUACUUGUUAAAUUAGAUGUAAUCCAGUCACAAAGUAAAAAGAUCUUUUCUAUCUCUACGCAAAUUUUACCUGACCUACACAUCCUAAUCACAUAGAGCAGAAAAACACUCACGGGGCACACAUCUCAUUAAAGAAAAACAAACAAACAAACAAACAAACGUAUGGUUAUAAUAAGAACAUGCCAAUUAUAUUCAUUUACACGAUUGUUUAGCCAUGCAAUUAAUUUAAUAAUGCUCUAUAUAAGUAAUCUACAUACACAAAAUGUAGAAUUAGAGGCUAUGCUCGGUCUAGUCACGAAUCGUCGUCUGGAAUAUCGACUACUAAUUGACAGCCGAAUCGACGGCCAGCUUCAGGUUGGUAACAUUUAUCAUAAUUUCAUCGGCUUCAACGACACACUGCAUUUUAUACCAACCAUGCACCUUUAACUGUUUCAUGUGCGCAUGUAGAAUAUAUUACUAACAAUCUGCAUGAUUCAGCAUAGUUUGUCCAUGAUAUUAUCUACACUUGGAUUAUCAUACAAUGAUUUAGCAAAUAGUUCAAGCGGAAAACUACAAAUCUAAUAAAUAUCUCUCUAGUGUCAUUCGGUCGGUGAGGCUUCUCUCGAUUGCACAAUGCACGUGUUGAAGUUUGACCGGUAUAACUAUCUGAAAUUUUCUCUAUACAUGCUCUUGUUACAUGUUGAUAUAGAUUUUAUUACAGUCAAAAAAA